AUGACGCUGAGAUCUCGGAACUAUAAAGCUGAGAUUGGCAUUUUGAUGGAUUCUAGGAGUUCCUUGCAGCGAAAGCUUCAUUGCGUUUACAGACGUAAUUGCUACAUUCCCAUCAUGUACGAAAUUAAGGUUUUCGGCCUUCUUGUGCUGUUAUUAAUCAGUUUAGCUUGUGGCCAACAACAGUGCACCAGAUUCUAUGAUUUGCAGCCAAAUCGAGCCAUUAAUAUAACCAGCUUUAAUUUUCCCGGAGCUAUACCAAGUGGUACUAACUGUCGAUUUCGCUUGAAAGCCCCCCGCAAUCAUGUGAUAUAUUUAAAUUGUCGCUUUGAGUUGUUCCCCGACACUUGUGGAUCGGAGUUCCUGUUCAUCUCCCGUGAUGGCGACCUGCAGUUUCGGGAUGGCGAGCGUUACUGCCGCAUGGGGCAGGUCAACCGAAUAUCCAACUUCCAGACCAUGGCCUUCGCCUACUACUCGAGCAGUCCGCAGACCCAGCAGCGCUCCAGACUCAGCUGCCAAGCGGUGGCCCGUCCGGCGCCCUGCGACUGCGGCUGGUCCUUUCCGACGCGGAUUGCCAACGGGAUGGAGGCGGGCAAGCACGAGUUCCCCUCCAUGGUGGGCAUCCGGGACCUGGCCUCCAACCUACCCGUCUUCUGCGGCGGGAGCAUUGUCAGCGACCGGUACAUCAUGACCGCUGCCCACUGUACCGCUCGCCAACCGGUGGCCAGUCGCCUUUUGGCGUUGGUCGGGCAGCAUGACUUGAGCUCCGGUAGGGAAUCGAUCUAUGCCGCUCAAUAUCGCAUUCAAAAUAUAGUAAACCAUCCUGGUUACAUGGAAACCGCGUCUGGCAAUAUAAAUGACAUAGCUCUCCUCCAGACGCUAACGCCCAUGGAAUGGUCUCGAGGAGUGGCUCCCGUUUGUCUUCCCAUUCGACAAGCAGACAGCAACUUCAACUACCAGAAUGUAGAUAUAAUUGGAUGGGGAACACUGGGCUUUGCCGCCUCCAAAUCGAACACCCUGCAAAAGGCCACCCUGCUGACCAUGGACAAUGCCGUGUGCCGAGGUCGGUUCAACUCCAGCAUAUCCGCCAGCCAGUUAUGCACCUACGAUGCCGGAGGCAGGGGCCAGGACUCGUGUCAGUACGACUCCGGUGGCCCGGUGAUCCUGCGGCAGCGGGAGCGCAUGUUCCAGCUGGGCGUGAUCAGUUUUGGCCGCGCCUGCGGUCAGCCCUUCGGCAUUGGGGUCAACACUCGGGUCACAUCGCACCUCAACUGGAUGUGGCGCUAUUUGGACGGAGGGGUGUGUGUGCGUUAG